AUGGAACGCAUGUUAGGCUCACAGGUCUGUAGUUUUCCGCUUUUUGAGGGCUAUUUUUUUUGAAAAUUGGUCUAACUAUUGAUUUCUUCCAAAGAGAAGGCAAUAUUGAGGUAUCCAAUGACUUCUGGAAUAUUAGUGAUAAAGGCAACGCUAGAGGAAGGGCAAGUUUUUUACAUAAAAUUGAUGAUAAGUUAUCUGGUCCGGAUGAGUAAAGAGGUUUUAAUUUUUUCAAUGCUUCAUAGACUUUUUGAAAAAUCUAGGGAGACCGUAUGUGGAAAAAGACAAAAUAAAUAUUGAUUGACUUUUCAAAAAUAGAUUGAAAAUCUUCAACUUGCUUUAAUUUUUAGUUUCUGCGCAACGGUCAACAAGUGUGGAUUUUCGCCAUGUGCCACUACAAUCACUGUAAUUUCUUUCUUUCCGUUUUAAAUUCAAAAAAAAAAACGCAGAGGUUGAUCAACUGCCCAAGUCUUCCGGAUGCGGCUCACGCCUACGACGACAACUUCGCGAGGACCAAGUUUUUGCCGUUGAUUGGCGCCGGCGCCACAGAUACGCCAGCAAAAUGCUUCGCGUGAGUUUUGUUAGUUUUUCUGGGAAAAAAAACUCUAGUGGUCACUUAGGGGGUUUCUCAAGGAUUAAUUGUAGAGGACGCUAAAGUGGCUACUAAACCACAUCUGUAGAAACCACUACUUCUAGAAAGCCACGCCCCUUUGGCUUCAAUUUUUAGUUUUCUUCAUAUUCUCCUUAACCUACAGAAACUACGCUAUAUUUUGAAGACUUGAAAAAUCACGAAAUCGCAUGAAAAGCGCACCCGACCUUGAGCGACUUGCCAAAAAUUGUGAAACUGUAAAAACUCUAGUGGCCACUCAAGAGGUUUCUUGACGACAAUGAAGUGGCCACUAAAACCACCUUCAUCUAUAGAAGUCACUUUUUUUGUCUUAGUGGUCCCUACAGUAUUUUUAGUGACUUAGUAGUACCCUUUAGGCUCUUAAACAGGCCACUAAAACAUCGAAACCCUAAAGUGACCACUAAUUUUUUUAAAAGUAAAAACCUAUUUUUUCAGGAACAACUGGCCGACGAUGAAGCUUUACAACACGAUCCAUAUCAAUUGCUCCACCUAUGGACCAGGUAAAAUAAAAUAAAAUCUCCCAAAAAAUCUGAAAAUCUCUUCAGAAGCCGGCUGCUUCAUGUACACGGCAUUUGACACGACCCAGAAAAUUAUUGUGAUGGGAUUCCGAGGAACUCAAGGAAGUACUCAGCUUUCCGAGGAAAUCGGCGCUUUCUUCCUGUUUUUAAUAUAACUUCGGAACUUUUCAUUGAUUUUUCGAAGUUCAGUGGAAAGAGGAAGUUCUUCGACGUUGGCUACGUCUUCGAGUAUUUCUACGACGCUUUUAUGUAUUUCUGGAACGCCGGACUGAGUAACGACAUUCGCCAGUUGAAGUACCUUUAUCCGGACUUUGAUCUUUGGGUUUUAAGACUUCUCUUGAUUAUAUCUACCUGGAGAAUGUUCAGGUAACUGGUCAUUCCCUAGGAGGUGCUCUGUCCUCUGUCGCCGCUUCCUAUGUGGUUAAAGCCGGAAUUUUCCAAGGUCAGAAAAUCAAGCUUCUGACUGUCGGACAGCCAAGAACUGGGGACUACGAUUAUGCUCUGUGGCAUCAGAAUACGGUGAUAAAAGUCGAAAAGCUUAACCUAAUCGAUUUUUCCAGUUCCCUUAUUCUUACCGUGUUGUUCACCACAAGGAUAUUGUACCACAUGUGGCGCCUCAAUUGAUGCCUGAUGGGGAUGAGAUGUUCCAUCAUCGAACUGAGAUUUGGUAAGGAUUUCAGAAAUUUUACGAGUUCAGCUUCUACAAAAAAAAAAUUUUCAAACCAAAAACGGUUCUAAAUUUUAGUUUCAUGACAAAAAUUGUUAGUUAUACUGGUACUACUUUAAGUUCGAAAAUUAUUGAAAUUGGGGAAAAAAAGUUGUCGAAAAUUAAAUAAGUCUACCUGAAUUUUCACAGGUGUUACCCUUUUUUAAAUUCUAACUUGAGCUAGCCGUUUCUCAAGAAGUUCAAAUCUUGUUGAAAUUUUAUAUUUUCAUUCAGCCCACUUCAGCCUUUGGAUAGUCAAUCUUUAACUCUAAUUUGAAAGUCAAUGUUAACCCUUUUUCUAUAUUAAAUACUUAUUUUAAAAAUUUAUGGAUCAAGUUUAAAUUGAAGGUACAACAACAACAUGACGAUCGGGGCGCCGUACAACGUCUGCAAGGAGGCCGACGGUCUCCACUGCAGUAAUACCCAAGUUGACACUAGUUUUGAUGACCAUAUGUAUUACUAUAAUACGGAUCUUGGGGUUUAUGGUCCCAGGGGAUGCCCAAAGCAAUAA